AUGUACAGCUCGCUGACCAUAUGCAUGGCCUAUGGCGGUUCACUACGUCCAACCAGUUACAAUGAUGGACUCCAUCUCGGGGUUUUGACAUAUCAUUGUUCUGAUUCGACUCGCUUUUUAGGUUUCACUUCACUGGAAGCCGCGAAACUCCUUGGUAAUUGUAAACGUCACUACGACAUGGCUGCGGAACAUGCACAACGAGCUAUUCGGCUGUUAGAAGAUGGCUUCAUCGCCCACAUCCAAGCACUAUAUUUCCUAGCAACAGUUCAUUUCCACUUACAUCAGUGGGAACAAGUAUUAGCCGAUAUUGAUGAAAUAUGGAUGGUCAUUAUGAAAAAUGGGUCCAAGUUAGUUGUUCCAUAG